CUGCAGCGCCCGGGGCGGCCCUCGAGGACUCCACUUCCCAGAGUGCCUCGGGAGGACCUGACCUGGUCCUGCCCCCUCCACCUGGCUCCGGCGCGUGGCUGGGCGCUCAGCCGGCGCCGGAAGCGGCUCUGCGGGCAGGUGGGAUAAAGCGCAGGUGUAGCCACCAUGAGUGAUCCUCGGGGGACCAGGCGGAUCCUAGUGACUGGGGGCUCAGGGCUGGUGGGCAGAGCCAUCCAGAAGGUGGUAGAAGAUGGAGCCAGGCUGCCCGGAGAGGACUGGGUGUUUGUCUCCUCCAAGGAUGCCGAUCUCACGGAUGCUGCACAGACCCGAGCGCUGUUUGAACAGGUCCAGCCCACACUUGUCAUCCAUCUUGCUGCAAUGGUGGGGGGCCUGUUCCGGAAUAUCAAAUACAAUUUGGACUUCUGGACCACCCAAAUGCCCCUGCCAGGUCAUGUCGUCGGAGAGGGAAGUGAAGCCCGAGGAGGGGUGUGGCCGGCCCAGGCUUCACUGCUACUGAGCAGUAGAGCCAGGGGGUGCGUCCCCUCUGGAGGAGCAGGUGAGGCCUUGGACCCUGUCUGGAAGGGCCUGAGCCCUGCUUCCCACCCCCCGCAGAGGAAAAACAUACACAUCAAUGAUAAUGUGCUACACUCGGCCUUCGAGGUGGGCGUGCACAAGGUGGUCUCCUGCCUGUCCACCUGCAUCUUCCCAGACAAGACCACCUACCCCAUCGAUGAGACCAUGAUUCACAAUGGGCCGCCACACAGCAGCAAUUUUGGCUACUCUUACGCCAAGAGGAUGAUCGACGUGCAGAACAGAGCCUACUUCCAGCAGCAUGGCUGCACCUUCACCGCGGUCAUCCCCACCAAUGUCUUCGGGCCCCACGACAAUUUCAGCAUCGAGGACGGCCACGUACUGCCUGGCCUCAUCCACAAGGUGCACCUGGCCAAGAGCAGCGGCUCAGCCUUGACGGUGUGGGGCACGGGGAGGCCCCGGAGGCAGUUCAUCUACUCACUGGACCUGGCCCGGCUCUUUAUCUGGGCCCUGCGGGAGUACGAUGAGGUGGAGCCCAUCAUCUUGUCAGUGGGUGAGGAGGAUGAGGUGUCCAUCCAGGAGGCAGCUGAGGCCGUGGUGGAGGCCAUGGACUUCCACGGGGAGGUCACUUUUGAUACAACCAAGUCAGAUGGGCAGUUUAAGAAGACGGCCAGUAAUGCCAAGCUGCGGGCCUACCUGCCUGAUUUCCAGUUCACGCCCUUCAAGCAGGCUGUGAAGGAGACCUGUGUCUGGUUCACCGACAACUAUGAGCAGGCCCGAAAGUGAGGCCUGCGGCCGGAGCCGGUCCACCACUUCCCCAGCGCCUGGCCAGCAGUGCCCAGCGGCAGCCACUCACAGAACCUGCCAGGAGCCGGGGGCACCGCCUGCCUGCCUGAUAGUGGCCUCUGCUCCACUCCGUCUGCCGAGGCAGGCCUCAGUGACUGUCUGGUGCGGCCUCCGUCCAUGUCAGGGAAGCCAGGCCCAGCACCCUGCUCCCCAACUCCAUCCCUGAGUGUCCCCUUCUGAUCCCUGGGAGCCAAUAAAGAGCAUUUUCACAGG